UAUUGUGAUACGAAUAAUUCUAGAUAGUUACAGAAAUCAUUCUCUGAAAUUUGGUAAUAUCCGGUGGAAAAAGUUGCUUAAAAUAACUGGCGUGUUCGAAAAAUCAGAAUAAUGCCCAUUUAUUAACUCUCUGUUUUGAUGAAUUGAAUCACUUAUAGCUAAAAUCGUAAUAUUUUAUUAGAACAUCACAAAACACAAUUGAAUCCUAUACUAAAGGUCCUAUUGAAUCGGCGUUAUGACAACAAAAUAUGUAAUUUUUGAUUGCGAUGGAGGCAGUGAUGAUGCAUGGGCCUUAUUAAUGCUUAUAAAGGCACAUCAAGAGAAGAGAAUUGUGUUGCUAGGAGUAACCAUUUGUGGUUGCGGUAAUACCGAUUUGGAGAAUGCAGCUAAGAAUACAUUACGUAUAUUAAAAGCGAGUGAUAGUCUGAAUAUACCUGUAUAUCUUGGUGCAUCAGACCCACUUUUACCAAAAAGGCAACAGGAAAGUACUUUCAAAUUUCAUGGAGAAGACGGAUUUGGCGACGUGUUAAAUGAAGACGACUUGAAUAUAAAAGAUUUUAUAUCGGAGUCAGAACACGGAGUUUGUAAAAUAAAUGAACUUUGUAGUGCGAAACCAAAACAAAUAACUUUGAUAUCUACAGGGCCAUUAACUAAUAUUGCGUUAUGUUAUGCGAUGUAUCCCAAUUUUGCCAAUGACGUUAAAGAUUUAUUUAUAAUGGGUGGCAACUAUCAAGGAGUGGGCAACUUUACACGUGCUGCUGAAUUUAAUUUUUAUUGUGAUCCAGAAGCAGCACAUAUUGUGCUGGAAAAAUCAAUUUGCCCGGUAACGAUAUUACCUUGGGAACCUUGUAUGAGUGAUCGUUUUGCUGUGUAUCUUAACUGGCGUCUAGAGGUCCUAGGACCAUUGGCAGAAACCUGCAAUGAAGCUAUAAAAACUUUAAAUAAAGUUGAGCAUGCUCAGUACUCUACAGCGGGCUUUGAAGUCUGGAAUCCCUGCGAUGCCAUGUUAACUGCUGUCUAUCUUUUUGAAAACCAUGCUGUCAGCAAAUCAAACAAAUGGCACGCUACAGUCGAUGUUUUAGGUGGUCAUACACGAGGUCAAAUGGUUUUGGAUCAUUUGCAUGAAGUCGAUAAAAAUCCGAAAAAUGUGCGCAUUAUUGAAGACCUUAAUGCUGAGUUUUUCAAAACUGUUGCAGAGUGGACUGUGGGACUGAAGACAUUGAAUAUAUAAUACUGAAACUGUAGAUUAAAAGUAUUCAUGAUUUCAAAAAGAAAAUAAAAUUACUCGACAAAAUAAACAAAAAAUA